AUGACCGCGCAGGCGCAGACGUGCGUGGAGACACGCGUAUUCAGGCCGGCUGAGGCAGGGGAGACUGGCGGGCCAGACGUGGUCAGCAAGCGGUCCGCGGCCGAGGCCGGCUACGUGGAGGACCCGCUCGUGUCCCUGUUCGCGGUGGCGAGGCGGCGGCCGCCUCUGAUCAACCGAGGCUACUGGAUCAGGGCAGUCGUCAUGGACACGGUCACGAGGUGGUUCUUGGAGAGCUUCGCGCGACAAGAGCCCAGCCAGGUGCUCUCGCUCGGCGCCGGCUUCGAUGCAUCCUUCUUCCGGCUGUCCGCCGCCGGAGAGCUGCCCGCAGGGUGCCGAUACUACGAGGUGGACUUCGACGACGCCGUGGCGCGGAAGCGGGCCCUCAUCGACUCCGACGAGCGGCUCAGGCGCCUGGUGUCGACCGAUGACUCCAGGGACGCCGCGCACUUUGUCGCCGUGGGCGCCGACCUGCGCGACCUGCCUGCGGUUGAGGCGGCGCUGGCCGCCGCGGCGCCGCCGCUGGACGUCCAGCGGCCCACGCUGGUGCUCGCCGAGGUGGCCUUGGCGUACCUGUCGGCGGAGGAGGCGGACGCGGUGCUGCGCUGGGUCUCCUCGAGGCUGCCGCGCUCUGUUGUGUGCGUCUACGAGCAGGUGGCACAGCAGGAUGCCUUCGGCCGCAUCAUGUGCGCGCACUACGCCGGGAUUGACAGCCCGCUCGGAACGCUCGCCGGCCCCUUGCCGUGGGCGAGCGCGGUGGCGGCCUUGAGCUCGGUAGCCGCGGGCGUCGCGUCGGGCCGCGCUGGGGGCGCGCUGCUGGCCGGGGGCUGGCAGCGACACGCGAGGGGGACGGAGGCCAGCCCCACGUCGGCGCCGGCGGGCGCCGGGGCAGUCGCGGCGGCCGCCGCGCACCCGCGAGCUCGAGUUCGGCGGCGACUCGGAGCACAGUGGCUGUUCGUCGAGCUGGCUGUUUGGACGGUGGACAUUCGGGAGCCCCAGAUCCUGGACGCCGAGGCUUACGCGCGGUUGGUGGCUCGCGCGUUCAACGUUCUUUUCGGGAAGCUCGCGCCACAGGACCUCGUCGAGGAUCAGGUGCGGCGCGCCCAGCUUGAUUACCGCGGCGUGGCAGCGAUUGACAGCGAGUCUCGCAUCGCGACGCGGGUGGCCCUAGACGAGGAGGACGAGGGAUUUCCAGCCGACGUGAGGCGGAGAUUGCGAUCCAGACCCCGCGCUACCCCCGACACCUCGGGGCUGGAGGCCGCGGCCGCCGGGUCUCGCGCGGCCGGCGGCGCCGCGCAGGCGCCCGAGCGUUUGGAGCACGUCGCCAGAAGGCAGAAGGACAGGGCGAAGAUCCUGAAACAGUUGCGGCAAAGCCAGCCGACGGCGGCGAAGCGAAGCCCAGGCACGGGCGGCGGCGCGCGCGAGCCCGACGACAGACCGGAGAUCUUCAAGUCCGCCGACCAGCGCGAGCUGGCGCCACAGCACUUGGGGGGCAAUGACUUGGGCCAACCGCGCCAGAGUUGGAGGCAAGGCGCCGACGUGAAAAAUUGCCAGCUUGAGCAGGGGGAUAUCGCCAGCUGGUUCAGCCUCGAUUGUCCGGAGACCGUCGAAGAGCGGGGCCCGGGGAUCACCGAGGCCUGCGACGACGACGCGAUGGGUGCCGAGCAGCUGUCGCUGCAGGACAAGCGAGCCGCCCAGCUCUUGCUGCUUGGCCGCCCUCUCUGCGCAUGGCACGUGGACAGUUCCACUGACCUGGGCGGCGGCGAGGAGGGCGUGGCGGCAGGCGCCAAGGGCUUCGAGGCGGCCGCCAACCAGGCCCGCCGGGAGCUCCAUUCGCCCGAGGAGCCGGACUCCCCGGAGUCCGCGGACGUCCAGUUUCGCGGCGACUGGCCUGCAGGCAUCGCCAGGAAGGGGAUAGGGGACCUUAAAGGGGACCGUGCCACGGAGCGGUUGGGCGUGGAGUUCGCGGCGCUCACGCGCGAGAUUGUGAAGUACCCGAUGACCGCCCGCGGGGUCCCGCGCCACGAGUGGAAGGCACCGCUCACCAAGACGCCCCCGCUGGCUUCGCUGGCGGCGGAGCGCGCCCACGCCACGCACCCUCGUCUCUGGGGUCGAGCGAAGGCGAUUGACGCGGCAGUGGGCGGCGACGCGCGCUGUGCGCGGACCGGCAAAUACCGCGAGCGGCACGGCGUCCUCUUCGCGCAUUGCAGCGCGGCCGCGCGGGCAGCCCUUCGCGCUCACGGAGAUGCGCUGGCCCGCCGCGCGGAGAGCGGCAGGGUGCCUGGGGCGCGCCGACGGCAGGCGCCCGCAGUUACGCCGCCCGCUCGCGGCCGCUCUCGGGCCGACUACCUCGAGCUGCAGAGCGCGCCCGACGCCACCCUCGCCACCUCGCGGGCCUGGGGGGGGUCUGGGUUGCGGCGACAGCUUCGCACCCAACAAAGCAACAACCUCCACGAUGCAGACGCCAACAUCGUCGACUGGAUGACGGAACUCUGCAUCCCGAGCUUCGACUUUUCGGCGGGCCGCAGCGGGCCCAUCGGCUUCUUGCUGCUCCGCGGCGACAAGUACGAGCUCGGCGUGGGCCGCGAUCACUUGCCACGCGGCCUUCGCCAAAUCGAGCGAUGGAGCAAGUCGGACCUUGGGGCUGCCAGUCGGAGGCCCCCUCGCCCUGGGGGAGGUCCAGCUGGAGAGCGAGUGGCGGCGCAGACGGGCAGUUACUUCAGGCCGCCAGAGGCGCUGGAGCUCCGCCCCGAGGACGCGCCCAUCCGGGCGGCCGAGGCUAGCGCGAAGCACGCCAGCAAGGUCGCGCUCCACAUCGCGCUUCGAGCGGGCGGACGCGCCAGCAAAACUGGCAUCUUCGACGACGCCGCGGAGGUCGGCGUGGCCGGCCGCUGGCGGAUCAAGAUAUCGCCGCGCCUGGCCCCGCUGCACGCCCUGGACCUGAACGAGCUGCUGGCAGGGCUGCCGCUGGAGCAGCGGCGCAAAGCAUACUCGCUCGAGCUGUUCGACGAGUUCGAGGAGUGGCGCCUGAAGUGCGCGCACUACGCGGUGUGCUGCGGCGCGGGGCCUGGCCUCUCGGAGGCGCUGGGCGCCGUGGGCCACGGCGGCGUCGCCCUGCCGCCGUGGGACCCUGGCAGGCGGCAGGGCGGCCUGCCGCCUCUGGUGCGCGCCGAGGCGCUCGUGGGCGCG